AUGCCGGACCAGAACUUCCAGUCUGAUAUGCGCAGGUCGAUAUUCAACAAGGGGCCGGACUUCACCUUAGAGACCUUCUCGAGCCGAGACUUCAUCGUCAAAGACUUCAUCGAGUCCCUGUCCGACGCCGCCAUCCAGCGCCGCUCCGGCGGCAUCGGCAACCAGCCCUUCGACCCCAAGCCCCUGAUCCGCGCCUUCGAGCAUGCGCAGCGCCGCCUAACGGAGCUCUCAGGCGACCUUGAGCAGCGUGAGAAUGAGCUGUCUGCGGCUGUCCGCAAGGCCGAAGCGCAGCAUACACAGAACGCAAGCAACCUGGGCUGGAAGCUGAACCAGGCCAUCGAGUCCUUCCAGAAGCUAGAUACCUCCCUGAACGGACCCCAUCGGCCUUCUACACGAGAUGGACCGGGUGGGAAUGGCAAUGUGGCCGUCGAGACAGGGAAGAAGCUCGAAGAGCUCGACCGGCAGAGGUGCAAGGCUCUCGAUGCGCAUUUUCUCAUUGGAUGCUGGGACGAAGUGAGUAACCGCGGGGAGCUCACGAUGCUCGAGAACCUGCGACGGUCAGGAAGUGCAGAGGGAAAAGUGCGUUCUGCGCGCAUUGCCAGACAACUACUACGAAUAAGCCAGAGACUGGACCCGUUGAGCUGGAGUGAGAGUAAUGGAGGCACAGAUACCAUACCACCGAGCCCUGAUGACCAUGCGGGGACAAACGGGAAUACACCCAAGAGGAGGAACACACGGGAGAUCAUUGAGAAGUUUUCUGAAACCCUGGAGAAAGACUUGCUGAAGCAGUUUGACCACUUUUACCGAAAGGCCAACUUUGAAGGCAUGAAGGACUGCGCCAGUGUUCUGCAAGAUUUCAACGGAGGAGCCUCUGUCAUUGCUCUCUUCGUCAACCAGCACCAAUUCUUUAUCGACCGCAGUCAACUGAUAUCGGAAGAAGUAAGCGGAGACUCAGAGGCCUGGGAACAGCUCGCUGACCCUGAUGCCCCGUCUCCUGGAGUAGAGCCCAGCCUGCAGUCGCUGGUCGACGAGGUCCAGGUGGUUGUCCAGGAAGAAUCGGCUAUCAUCAAGCGAGCUUUUCCUUACUACGAACAGGUGCUAUGCAAGUUUCUGCAGCGAGUAUUCCAGCAGUCGAUACAGCAACGGCUGGAAUUGGUCUUGGAUAAGGCCAGUUCGGUUUCCUCUCUGGCGUUUUUGAGGACGCUGCAGUCAGCUCGCAGCUAUAUUAGUGCUCUAGUCGACGACCUAAAAGCUCACGGAUUGACCGAACACCCUGACACAAUAUCCUCACAAACAGCGAUCUUCCUCGACCAGCAGUUGGAAGAACUGUUUAUCCCCUAUCUCGUGGGCACAUCCUACAUCGAUCGAGAAAAGAACAACCUGGAAGAGCUUUACACAUCUCUAAUGUUCAAAUUCGCCACAUUCCACUCUCGACGGAAGAAAACACCAACUACUUUCAUGUCCUCUCUUGCAAAAUCUGGAAGCGAGCUGCUGGCCUCAGCAAGAGAUGCAUACAUGAACAGCCUCGACUCCUCUGACUUUACUCCCACACAACGCAAGAUGCUUCUACGAGUUGCUGGUCUCAAGGAAAAUGGCGAAAUGCAAAAACAGAACGAGAUUGAACUCAUGGAAGAAGACGGCCAACUAAGCGUGGCCUUUGCCAAACGUAUGCUCCGAUGGUUGGCCGAAGGAGUAGGCAGAAGCCUAGAACUCAGCGUGAGCAGCGAGACGCCCAAGGACGUAUCUACGCUGCUGAACAUGCUUCUAUCCAGGAUGGGCGAGGGAUACAUAGAAAUGGCCCUCGAUGCGUCCCUGGAAUCCGCUCAUGCACAGGAAUCUGGCAAAGCUGAGCCAGAUUUCAAUUACCUGACUACCCUGAGGACGGCCAUUAGUGUAACAUACCUAAUGAUGACGUGUAUUAAUGCCGUGCUUGUUCCGUUGGCAGCCUCCAAUAUAACAAUAAAACGAGAUAUGGAGAAGAAGACUAAUCUUAUAAUGCACCGCAUUGAGGAGAAAAUCAACUCCAUUGAGCAGAAGACCGUCGAUGUGACUCUUGCAUGGGUUGCACGAGUCCUUUCCGGCCAGAAGAAGAACGACUUCCGGCCCAAGGAGGGCGUAGCAGAUGAAACUGGAUGGCUAGAGAUGCUCCAGACACCGACAUGUGCAUCUAUCUCUGGUUUCUUGACUCGUCUUCACAACAUAACACUUACAUCACUACCGUCCAGCGGCUCUAAUGUCCGAGUGUUUCUCACUGAGAUUGCUCUAGGAACCAGGGCAUUACUCCUGGAACAUUUUAAGAAGUUUCCUGUCAACGCUCCUGGUGGUCUUAUGGUUACCAAAGACAUGACUCGAUACACUGAGUUGCUCCGAUCCUGGAACAUAGAUGAAUCCGUCAAGAGUGUCGGCGGAAUACUUGAUGUCCUGCUUGAAGUCGGCAGUCUGUUUGUUAUUGGUCCACAAGCACUCAAAGAGCGUGUAAGAGCUGGAACGGCUGGGGGAGGCAGUGGUACUUCAACUGGAGGUGGUGGUGGUGGAACAACGAGCGGAAGCCAGAGCAAAUCCAAUGCCGGCUUGACCGUACAGGAAGUACGAGCUUAUGUGCUUCGCCGUGAGGAUUCAGGAAGUGCGGCAAUGCAGGAUGUCUUCAACGCAUUUUGA